AUGUGGCCGGAGCCAGACUGUCCAGAGCCGGCGAAGAGCACCAGUUGCAAGGGUUUUCCGCCGCGAUACAUCCUCCGCGUCGCCGAGCAGGGAUCCAAGUUUACGGGUCGAUCUCCAGUGUUCUUCUUUGGCACGGGCUUUAGGGUCAGUACUCGCAAGAGUCACACAGCGUUGGAGCGUUAUCUCAGCACAAUUGUCAGCACAUUCAACAGGCGGGACAUCACAUUUAUCACCGGUGACUUCAACGCCAAGCUCGGGAACCGCGUUACGGGCGAAACCUUUCUCGGGGUUCACGCUCGAGGACGCCGCAACAGGAACGGCCACGCCCUGGCGGCUUUCUGUGACGCCUUUCAGUUUUUCGCAGCGAACACGGCCUUCAAAAAACGAGCAAGGAACAAAACGACCUGGACACAACGUCGUAACGAGCACAUCGUCUACAAUCACAUUGACUACGUUCUCUGCCCCCAGAAUUGCCGCCGACUCUGCCAAGAUGCUCAAUCCUGGGGCGGAACGCUAACCGCCUCUGACCACAAGCUCGUAACGGAAGAUUUUUUCCUUCGCAACCCGGGCCGCCUCCGAUACCGAGCACGCCCAACACGACAAGGCCACCUACAGCUCAACCGCAACCAACUCAUUCACGACGAUGACACACGGUCAGCCUACUCUGCAGCUCUCAAACGACAUCUUCAGGCUACCGACGACGACGAUGACACGGCUACUUCGGAUCAAUAG